AUGGAUACACAGAAACGGCCGGAUUUGCAGAAGCACAGAGAUGAAACAGAGCAGCUUUCAAUUGCUAUUUGCUGCCUCUUUUCUCAGUUGCUUGCUGCUGCUUUGGAAGCUCCGCUAAAAUUAAUGCAUGCUUCAUCAUCAGAUGUUCAGCUUCAUAUUUAUGGAGUGCCAUUCUCUUUGAAUAGGGGAUUUUUGGCUGCAAGAUCUUCAAAGCUAGCUGCAUUGUUGAAAGAGAAUCAUGAAGAUGAUAUUUCUCAUUUGCUAGGAGAUAUUCCCACUGAUUCGGAAACUUUUGAGCUUGUAGCAAGAUUCUGCCAUGGCUUUGACAUAAAUCUAUCACCUGAGAAUAUCAUUAAAGUACUUUGUCUUGCUCACUAUCUUGGAAUGUCUGAGAUUCACAGCACCAACAACCUCACAAAGAAGGCUGGUCUCUAUUUUCAAAACAAUGUCCUAUCUAGCUGGAACAAGACGAUUAAAGCUCUCAAAUCUGCAGAAAUCAUUCUUCAACAAGCCGCGGAUCUUUCCCUGGUUGAUGCAUGUGCUGAGUCUAUUAUCGCCAAGGUACUGCACAAUCCAAGUCUUCUUGGAGAGCCGAUGAGGAAUGUAACAACAACAGAUGAUGACAGUGAGAACGAUGAAAAUGCCUAUAAGUCAAAUGUCAAGAGGAGGCUUUUUGUUCAUGACUGGAAAUCAGAGGACUUAACACUACUUUCUAUUGCCCUCUAUGAGCCCAUAAUUCGUGCAAUGGUUCAUCGAGAAGUCCCUCUGGAAUACGUGGCAUCAUCUCUGUUUCAGUAUCUCAGCAAAUGGGUUUUUCUGGACACUAAAAGAGAAGAUGAUGAUCCAUCAACUUACGAGAGGAAUUCUCAAAGAGUGAUCAUUGAGGCAGUGGAGAGACUGUUGCCUCAAAAAAGGGGGCUGAUCCCCAGUUCUUUGCUCUCUAAAAUGCUGCAAUCUGCGAUAAUCUUGGAUGCUCAUACUGAAUGCAAAAGCGGAUUAGAGACUAGAAUUGGAAAGCAACUAGAUCAGGCAACAGUCAAGGACCUCUUAAUACCUGCACAAGGAUAUGCAAAAGAAGAGCAGUAUGACACUGAAAGUGUGAAAAGGAUAUUGAAGAAUUUCUACAGCAAUUACACAAGCACGGAUAUAUCUGGCCUAGUUGUGGUAGCAGAACUUGUCGAUGACUUUUUGGCUGAGGUUUCUAGUGAUAUAGAUUUGAAGUUGAACACAUUCUUAUCACUAGCAGAGCUAUCACAAGCAGCAACUGGAGGAACUAACAGAAAUUCUGAUGGAAUGUAUAGAGCAAUUGAUAUAUACUUGGACAAGCACAGAUAUCUCACAGAUUGGGAAAGGGAGGAGGUUUGCAGGGUGUUGGAUUGCAGCAAAAUGUCUCCUGAAGCCUGUGAGCAUGCUGCAAAGAACGAAAAGCUACCAGUUCGAGUGACGGUGCAGAUUCUGUUUUCUGUGCAGCUGAAGUUGAAGGAUAAUGUGACCAAGAGAAUACAAAGGGGUCCUGAUAACCAAUUGUUGAAGCUGGAAGAAGACGAGGAAGAUGCAGAGGGGACUAGCAACAGUGAAGAGGCAAUGAUGAAAGCAGAGAUGGAAAAGAUGGGAAACAAGGUGCUUGAGCUGGAGAAAGAAUGUCAUAUGAUGAGAAGGGAAAUUCAGAGAGGUAGUUACCAGCACAAGAUUCAAAAGGAAAAAACAAGCAUGUGGAAAGAAAUGAAGAGGAAGAUUGGUUGUAUGACAAGUUUGCAAGAGACAAAUUGCCAUGUGAAGAAGAAAAAAGUCCAUCCAAGAUAG